AUGAGGCUGCUCCGCAGACGCCACAUGGCCGUGCGCCUGGCCAUGGUGGGCAGCGCCUUCGUGCUCUUCCUCUUCAUCCUGCAGAGGGAUGUAAGCGGCAGGGAGCAGGCCACAGAGAAACCAUGGCUGAAGUCCUUGGUGAGCCAGAAGGAUCAUGUCCUGGACCUCAUGCUGGGGGCCGUGCACAACCUCAGGGAUUCAAUGCCCAAGUUCCAGAUCAGGGCUCCGGAGCCCCAGCAGACACUGGCCUCCACAAACCGGACCUGCCUCCCCGAGUUCUAUGCCCCAGCGGAGCUGAAGCCCUUCUGGGAACGGCCACCACAGGACCCCAAUGGCCCUGGGGCAGAUGGGAAAGCAUUUCAGAAGAAAGAGUGGACGCCCCAGGAGACCCAGGAAAAGGAAGAGGGCUAUAAGAAGCACUGCUUCAAUGCCUUUGCCAGUGACCGCAUCUCCCUGCAGAGGGCCCUGGGCCCGGACACCCGACCCCCUGAAUGUGUCGACCAGAAGUUCCGGCGCUGUCCCCCACUGCCUGCUACCAGUGUCAUCAUUGUGUUCCACAAUGAGGCCUGGUCCACGCUGCUGCGGACGGUGUACAGUGUCCUGCACACCACCCCGGCCAUCCUGCUGAAGGAGAUCAUACUGGUGGAUGAUGCCAGCACGGAAGAGUACUUGAAGGAGCCGCUGGAACAGUACGUGAAGCAGCUGCAGGUGGUGAAGGUGGUACGGCAGGAGGAACGGAAGGGGCUGAUCACCGCCCGGCUGCUGGGAGCCAGCGUGGCCCAGGCGGAGGUGCUCACCUUCCUGGAUGCCCACUGCGAGUGCUUCCACGGCUGGCUGGAGCCCCUCCUGGCUCGCAUCGCCGAGGACGAGACGGUGGUGGUGAGUCCAAACAUCGUCACCAUCGACCUGAACACUUUCGAGUUCUCUAAGCCCAUCCAGAGGGCCCGAGUCCAGAGUCGUGGCAACUUUGACUGGAGCUUGACCUUCGGCUGGGAGACCAUACCUUCCCAUGAGAGGCAGAGACGCAAGGGUGAGACCUACCCCAUCAAAUCCCCGACGUUUGCUGGUGGCCUCUUCUCCAUCUCCAAGUCCUACUUUGAGCACAUCGGUACCUAUGAUAAUCAGAUGGAGAUCUGGGGAGGGGAGAACGUGGAAAUGUCCUUCCGGGUGUGGCAGUGCGGGGGCCAGCUGGAGAUCAUCCCCUGCUCUGUGGUCGGCCACGUGUUCCGUACCAAGAGCCCUCACACCUUCCCCAAGGGCAUCAGUGUCAUUGCUCGCAACCAAGUGCGCCUGGCUGAGGUCUGGAUGGAUAGCUACAAGGAGAUUUUCUACAGGAGGAAUCUGCAGGCAGCAAAGAUGGCCCGAGAGAAAUCCUUCGGUGACAUUUCGGAGCGACUGCAGCUGAGGGAACGACUAAACUGUCACAACUUUUCCUGGUUCCUGCACAACAUUUACCCAGAGAUGUUUGUUCCUGACCUGAAGCCCACCUUCUAUGGAGCUCUCAAGAACCUCGGCAUGGAUCAUUGCCUGGAUGUGGGAGAGAAUAACAAUGGAGGAAAGCCCCUCAUCAUGUACACCUGCCAUGGCCUUGGCGGCAACCAGUACUUUGAAUACACAACCCAGAGGGACCUUCGCCACAACAUCGCAAAGCAGCUGUGUCUGUAUACCAGUGCUGGCACCCUGGGCCUUAGGGGCUGCCACUUCACUGGCAAGAAUAGCCAAGUGCCCGAGGACGAGGAAUGGGGAUUCACCCAGGAUCAACUCAUCAGGAACUCAGGAUCUGGUACCUGCCUGACAUCCAAGGACAAAAAGCCAGCCAUGGCCACCUGCAAUCCCAGUGAUCCCCACCAGCACUGGCUCUUCAUCUAG